UUGGACCAGGCGCGCAGCAAGGGAUUCCUCAUUGGCCAGUUUUUGAUACGUGCCCGCUGAUUGGAUCUGUAGCUCCGCCUUUUUACUAGAACCUUAGCAUCAGUAGACUAAAGAGAUUAAAAAAAAAAUAAAAAAAAUAAAAAAAAAAACAUAAAAACACGCGUGGCUUUUCCACGGCGUCGUCACUCUGCGUGAAUGGAAAUGUACACCGUUAAAACGUGAUUUUUCCGAGGACUCGUUUCUCCGCCAGAGAGGCAGAGCAUCGCGGCUUUGACAAGCUGGCGCCAUGACAACAGACGAGGCCGAAAGACAGCAGGGUGCGCGCGUGCAGCUGGGCCCGGAGACAGAUCGAGACCCCGAACCCUCGGGCCCCCAGGACGUGUCUCCAGAGGAGCCGGCGCUGCGACCGCGCACUCGCUCGUCUGCGAGCCGAGGUCUCUCCCGCCUCCUGUCGUCCUUUCUGAAUCGCCGCUCGCAGUGCUCGUCUGAGGAAGAGGGGGGGUUACAGCCAGCCGAGGAGACGAGGGACGACGGGCCCAAGGCCCCUAUCGCUGACCCCGAACCUGAGCUCAGGAUCGAGGGGGACCCAACCCUGGACCUGCACUCGCUCAGUAGCGCGGAGAUACAGUCAGUCCACGAGGACCAGAAGGACGAUCCAGAGACGGAGAAGGAUUCCCUAGAGCAGGAGGAGGAGGAAGAGGACGAGUUGGAGGAAGAGGGCGAGACAGAGAAUCAGAAGGAGGACAAGGCGGAGAGGGGCUCUAAGACCCCGCGAGUGGCCCGUCGGACUCGCACCAUGCACUGCAAGGUCACCCUACUAGACAACGCUCAAUACGAGUGUGACCUGGAGAAACAUGCCCGCGGUCAAGAGCUCUUCUCCAAGGUGUGUGACCACCUGAACUUGCUGGAGAGGGACUACUAUGGCCUGGCCAUCUGGGAGACGCCCACUUGUAAGACAUGGCUGGACCUCACAAAGGAGAUACGCCGGCAGACGCAAGGCACCUUUGACUUCACCUUCAACGUGAAGUUUUACCCUCCGGACCCUGCCCAGCUCACAGAAGACAUCACCAGGUACUACCUGUGUCUGCAGCUGCGCAAAGACAUCCUGAGUGGCCGGUUGCCGUGCUCCUUCGUCACGCUGGCGCUACUGGGCUCCUAUGUGGUGCAGUCAGAGCUGGGGGAGUACGACCCGGAGCUCCAUGGCGCCGAGUAUGUGCGUGACGUGUGGCCCGUGCUGCAGCAGAGCAGGGAGCUGCAGGAGAAGGUGAUGGAACUACAUCGCACCUACAGGGCUAUGACUCCGGCUCAGGCCGACAUGAUGUUUUUGGAAAAUGCCAAGAAGCUUUCCAUGUACGGGGUGGACUUCCACCAGGCUAAGGACCUCGAUGGUGUAGACAUCAUGUUGGGCGUCUGCUCCAGUGGUCUGAUGGUCUACAAGGAUAAGCUGCGCAUUAACCGCUUCCCCUGGCCCAAAGUCCUCAAGAUCUCCUACAAAAGGAGCAGCUUCUUCAUCAAGAUCCGUCCCUCUGAGCAAGAGCACUACGAGAGCGCCAUCGGUUUUAAGCUGCCCAACUGCAAAUCCUCCAAGAAGCUGUGGAAGGUGUGUGUGGAGCAUCACACCUUCUUUAGGCUUACCUCUACGGAAGUGGCCACGACCCCCCGCCGCUUCCUGGCCCUGGGCUCCAAGUUCCGCUACAGUGGGCGGACUCAGGCCCAGACGCGCCAGGCCAGCUCCAUGAUCGACCGGCCCGCGCCCUUAUUCCAGCGUUCGGCAAGCAAGAGGGCCUCGCGAAGUCUUGACGAAGCUUCACCUGUGGCUGUAGAAGGCCCCCCCCAGGAGGACGGAGGAGAGCAGAAGUGGACUGAGGCCAGCUGGAGCCCCGCGCGUAAGACGGCGCUCUGUUUAGCCCCAGUUUCGCAGGACUGGAGCACCCCAGUGCUCCCCUGUGCCAACAUGAGGAGAGGUCGUGUUGUCAGGGAGAGGACGCAGCUGCGAUCAGGGGGAAGGCAGCAAGUCCAGAAAAAGGGGGGCGAUGAUUGUUACAGGUUACUGGACCAAGCUGCUGCAAAGACCGCCAUGCUUCCUCCAGCCCAGUCUGUCCAAGUACAGCUGGCCGCUGACCCUCUACCCCAGGUCGUACUGAGGAAGGUGGAGCGCCGACCUGCCCGCCGGCUGGGCUGGGUGCUGGAAGACGUGGCACCGCUCCCCCUGGUGGCUGGACUGGAGGACGCACUUUGCCUCGCUAACGGGGAGCUGGAACUGGCCCGCAGGAGCUUGCUGGAGCUGGGGCAACAGUGGAGAGCCCUGUGUCAGCCGGAUGGAGUUGUAGCCCACAGGGGCAACGCGGCAUUGCGCCACCAGCAGCUGGCCAUGGUAAAGCAGGAGGCGCUGCAGCUGCUGCAGGAGAUGCGGGCGGAUGUGCGGCGGGCACGGGGCUGCGCUACCUCUUUGCUGGAGCGCGUACAGACGCUGCACGGGAAGGCAGAGGGGGACGACUGGUUUCUGCUACUUGACCGCAAGCCUCUUCAGAGGCCCCUCCCAGCCCCAGCAGUGGCAGUGACCCCAGAUAGGACUGGCCGUCCUGUCAGCGCUCCCAUUAUGUCCCCUGCCUCCCCGGUGUCCCCAGGGGACAAGGCUCUGUCGCCGUCGGUUCCUCGCUCCGAACGCUGGGACGGUGCCACACCUAUCCGACGCCCCACACGUGCCGAUGACAGGAGGUCAGAGCUCAAAAAGGAGAGUGUGGUGUCUCAGACCCCCAAAGCAGAUACUGCACUGGAGGCUAAGGUCCGGGUACCAUCGAGGAGGGAAAGGAGAGAGGCCACCAAGGCAGCAUCCCUUCCUGAAGAACAGAAAACCCAGCUGCCAAAACCGGAGACGGAGCCGGUGAGGAUGAGGAAGAAAAGAGCAAAGAAAAUUGAGGGUGAAACUAUAUAUAUCCGCCAUAGCAAUUUAAUGUUGGAGGAUGUGGAAAAGACUCAGGGUGAACUCUUGCGGCAUCACGCAAGCAUCAGUGAGCUCAAGCGCAGCUUCAUGGAAGCGGUGCCUGAACCACGGGCCAGCGAGUGGGACAAGCGUCUGUCCACACACUCGCCCUUCCGUUCCAUCACCAUCAAUGGGCAGCUACAGCCCGGCGGCGAUGGGUCACCCCUUGUGAAGAAAACACAGACGGUCACCAUCUCAGACAUCACCAACUCCCUCCGUAGCGACACCACCGCCAAGGAGGUGCCCGUUGUACACACAGAGACGAGGACCAUCACCUACGAGUCGCCACAGGCUGCCAACAGUGCUCUAGAGCAAGAUGGCAGCAUGCUGCUGAGUGCCCAGACCAUCAGCUCUGACACCGUGUGCACGACCACGACCACGCAGAUCACCAAGACAGUGAAAGGAGGGAUUUCAGAGACGCGUAUCGAGAAGAGGAUUGUCAUCACAGGUGACAUGGAAAUCGACCAUGAUAAGGCUCUGGCCCAAGCCAUAAAGGAAGCAAAGGAGCAACACCCUGAUAUGUUCGUCACCAGGGUGGUCGUGCACCAGGAGACGGAGAUCACUCCAGAGUGAGACUUAAUACUGCACCCCUUUCCCCUUCUCAUUCACCAGGGUGAGGGGCUCCACCUUAGCACCCUGCAACACCCAGUCACAGACACACCCCCCAUUUCUCUCCUGUGAACACAGCAGCUGCAUCCCUCUGUCUCACAAGCAUUCAGCAGUCAUUCCUGUGUGUGGACAUUUACCUGUUGUCUCGCACAAAGGACAUCUUUCCCAUCAUGCUCUGUGAAUCUGAUCUCCAGUGUGUGUGUCUGUGUGCACGCGCACGCACAACUGUGACCAUACUGUCAGGAGCGUCCUGUUCAUUUUACCCACUUACGUGUGUGUCCUACAAGCAGAGGCCCAUUUUUCUGUCCUUUCUUUUUGAGCAUUGCACCCCCUGUUGGCUCGCUGUUUGUCAGGCCGUUUCCUACAUUGGUGUGUUUACAGAGGUGUCCCAUCAGCCCCUUGGAUGCUGCACGAAGGCUGUUUGGACCCCCUGCUCUUCAGCCUAUUCCUCUGUGUCGUGGCCCUACGCUCGUGCCCCCCUUAAUGUUCCCAUGUGCCUCUGCUGUCGAGCCCCACACUCGUGUGUCCCCUCCGGGCCCAGUUUGUUUCCCCUCAUCUUGUUUACGGUGUAAUUGUCUUGGAAACAUUGGUGAUUUUAGGUGUUCUUGUCUGUCCACUGUUCAGAAGAGUCACAUUUGUCAUACGCUACAUCUCUGCUCUGUCCUGUAGGGGAGCGGUGCGGGAUUUCCGAAGUCUUAAACAAAAAGGCCCGGCUCCGUCCUCAUAAUGCUCACCCCUCGUCCCCAGUACACACCCUGCCCCUCCCCUCCCCGCCCUGCCCCGCCUCGCCCCGCCCCUCAGCACGGACCAGCACUUUCUGCCUCUUGCUGCCCUCUGUCUCAGAGAGUCUCGGUCAUGUCGAGGCCCCUGCCUGAACACCAGCAAACACCGGCGAGAGGAGGAGCCCACAUCGCUGGGGAGCGCUCUCGCCCCCGGUCCUGCAGCUCCCGCUUCUCCUCCGCUGUGACGUACUGCCGCUCUUCGUGACCCGACCCCCGACUUUGACCGCUCGCCUCCACCAGCACCUUCGUGAGAGGAAACGUCCCACUUUUCUACCCGGGAAUUUUCUAAUACGUCGAUCGGGUUUUUUUCUUGUCACAGUGAAACUUUUUCAACGUUUUCCAAGGACAUUAUUAGUAACUGUAAUUGGGAUAGUUAAUAGUUAAUUAUUAACUUUCAUUGGGUACAAUGACACGAAGGUAUAAUGUCAAGCUUUCCAUAUUGGUGAAGUUUUUAAUCUUUUCUAUUUACAAAUAUUUUGCAUAGACUGACAGAGGGAGUUUGACUUCUCUGCUGUUUCCUGUGGGUUUAGUGCCAGACCGCUGGCGAUGGAGUCUAACCAUUGGUGAUGGAAUAUGACCGUUGAUUGGUGGUGAUGGUGUCUGACUGCUAGUGAUGGAGUGUGACCCUCAGUGAGGCCCUCCUUAGCACAGUGAACAUUCCUCAGCAGGCAGCUUCUGUGUUUUCCAGAGGAUAUAUAACGUUAGUGAGGAAUAUAGGAAUAUAGUCUAUUUUUGCUCCACACUAAAGAAAUUGUUUUCUAGGGUUGUGUACAGAAGUAGCAUUUUCACCAUAAUCCUUUGGCUGGAAAAGUCGCCAGAAAGGCGAUGGUGCUUCUUGAACCUCAGUGAUUUCAAAGGUUCCUCAUCAGAUGUCCUGUUUUUGUAGGUGGGAAUCGUGUACAGUAUAUAAAAAUAAUACAAGAUAAAGCAACAUAUGGCCAAUAUUCAUGGGUAUAUUUUCAAAGUGGAAAACAAUGAUGGUCUUUGAUAAUUGGGCUGUGUUCAGUACCAUGCUGCUCUCUGGCAUUUUACAACAUCCCACAGGUGUGCACUGCAGUCCAAAAGCAGAUCUGUUCACUCAGUCUGUAGGACAGGAGACCGGUAGACAUUCCGAACACAGGACGUUCUGUGGAAAGUGAGGAGGCAGAGCCCUGUGGAUCUUGUGCAUGAUUUGUUAAGGAGCAUAAUCCAAGUUGUGAUCCCCAGUGCCGUAUGCUGAGCUGUCUUUGCUCUUCUGAUAAAAAUAUUGCAAGUCCAGUUACAGCCUCCCUCUGUGGACACAUCAUGAGCUCCACAGGGACAUGGCAUCCAUGUGGAAGGGGAACUUUUCUGAAGAUACAUACCUGUACUGCUUCUCUGCAGCACACACUACAGGUUGGCCUGUACACUGUCUCAGUUAAUGAGCAGUUAUGAGAAAAAUCCUGAACACUUUGGAAUAAUGAGGAUUUCUGCAUGAAUUGCUCCUAAAAUGUGCUCUGAUUUUGAUCUAAGUCAAUAAUAAAAAGUGUUAUUUAACAAAUGCCAAGACAACUUUUUACACGGCCAUAUCCUUAUUGAACAAAUAGUUUGAAGAGUCAAAGUUAUUGAUGGGAAAAGUGUGUGACCCUCUGGGGUAAUGACAUGUUGAAAAGACGCUCAUUGCAUUCAGGCAUUCCAAUCAGUUCAUGUGUGGCAUUGACCUGCUGUGCUGUUUAGAAAAACCUCGCAGGUUUAAGGUGACCUGCUCUUCACAACAGAAUUCUGAUGAAGAGCACUGGUCAGAAAUUUCAGAAUAGCUCAGAAGAAGAGUUGGUGAACCUCCAAGGACUGGAAAAGGUUACAAAAGGAUGUCUAAAGAGUUGGGUCUCCAUCAGUUCACAGUCAGGCAGGUAGUUCACAGAUGGAAGAAUGGAGCACUGUUGCGGCUCUCCCUAGGACUGGGUGCCCUACAAAUGUCAGCACAAGGGCACGCCAUAAAAUCCUCACACAAGGGACAAAGAAAAACACUGAGCAAGAGUGGUGUUCGUGGCAGGUUACCACGGAGGAAUCCGCUGCUGUCAAAAAAUGUUGCUGGCUGUCAAAAGUUUGCUGAAUACCAUACUGAAUGUUCCACGGCAAUAACUGACCAGUAUUCUUUGGACAGUUGAAACAAUAGUGGAACAUUCUGGGAAAUGUAGACAGCGUUACCUUUGGAGAGAAUAACACACUGCACUGAAACACCAAAACCUCAUUCCAACUGUGAAGCACGGUGGAGGCAGUAUAAUGCUGUGGGGCUGUUUCGCUGCUUCCUAUUGUGAACAGCUUGCAGCCAUUGAGGGACCAUUGAAUUCUAAGUUGUAUGAGGAAAUUGUACAGCAGAAUGUCGGCGUGUCUUUCUGUGAUCUACAACUCACCUUCCGUUGGAUCGAGCAGUGUGAACGUGAUCAAAUACAGAGGUGUAAAUCGACAAGAGCGUCUCAGAAAGAAGAGAUUCGUGCUUUAGAAUGGCCAAGACUGAGUCCUCACCUCAGUCCCACCAUGAUGCCGAGACGAUACGUGAAGCAGGGAAUCUCCCAAAAAUGUGUCAAGUGCAAGAGGAAUGAGCCCAAAUCGCUGUGAAGCGCUGCAGCGAUACAAAGUGUUUGGUUGAGGGUUUUGCCAACGAAGGAGGUUCCGCUCGUUACAAAAUAUACGGUUCCGCACCCUUUUUCCAUCGCUGACCUUCAUCGUUCGAAGCGUUUGUUCGGUAAAGAUCCGGCAGCGUAACAAGCGUCUCUGAACGGCAUCCUCCACGGUUACCGUGGUAAAGAUGAGCAACAAAGGCGAUAAAAAUGUUUUCCUUCUUCGUUACCUGCAUCUUUACCAAGGUACCGAUAGUUCUGGAGGCCACUGUAACGCUCACUUUAUUACUACAGGCGCCACACGCGUCCCCACAUCCCUUCUAUGUUCUUGAUUUUCUGCGUGGCGUCGAUCGGGCUGCCACCAGCGAGUAGUUCCAGUGAGGAGGACGGGUUCGACAGUGCCUUUAAAACCUGGACUCCUACGUAAUAGAGGAGAGACAUUGUGAAGAUGCAGCUAGCGAUGAGUCCUGGACUGCAGAGUGAGGACUGAGCGAGCAGCACUGACCGGCGAUGAAUUUACACCUUUGCAAGUUGCAGUGAUUCACUUUGCCCACUUGGUUGUCAUCCCGCUGUUUGCAGUUCGGUGUGAUGGGCACUUCAGAAGCACCCGCUGUCCUUGCGUGUUUGUCCCCUCCGUGUCCUGUUCGUGUGCCGCCUCACGGUUUGGUUCCCACUGCGACCGUCUUGCCGUCCUGCACUUUUUAUACACCAUUUUUACUGGUUUCUUAAUCAGACAAGUGUGUGAAGUGGAUUUGCCGCUCCACACGCAGCGUUCUGGUUCUUCUUCUUGUUACUCUUGCUGUCGUUCUUGUUGUUGUUGUUGUUGUUUUCAUGACCCCCGGAGAGGUUGCCAUUUGUAUAUUUUUUCACU